AUGAGUUUGUCAACAUUGGGACCUCUUUUACCAAACUCAAGUGAGGCAGAUAUCAUCGAAGACAUUUGGGAAUACCUUAUUCCGAUUCGCGGGCUACGGCGAACUGAAUUGGAGCUCCUGGUUCCAAUUAGCAUCAUCUAUAUCAUCAUAUUUGCCCUCGGUUUCUUUGGAAAUGCAAUUUUACUUUGGGUCAUCCUUGUCAAUCGGUCUUUCCAUACUCCGAUCAAUUAUUACUUGGUCAAUCUCAGCGUCUCUGACCUUUUAAUUCUUGUUCUGGGCCUCCCGCAUGACCUUUACAUGAUGUGGAACCGUUACCCCUACCCGUUUGAGGAAGUGGCCUGUCGUUUGAGGGCGUUUCUUGCUGAAGCCAGUAUGAUAUCAUCCGUACUUACAAUCACUGUACUUACAAUUGAAAGAUACAUUGCAAUCAUUCAUCCCCUUUCAACAGCCAUUUCUGGUGCCAAGAGAAGGAGUGGUUCCGACAGCGCUGUUAGACUAAAAAAAGUGGAUUUUUUCCGAUGUUGUAGAGAUUGGGGUCGAUUUAAAAAAGUCCGCAUCACCGUCAUUAUUGUGUGGAUAUUAUCGCCGCUAUUUAGCUUACCCAUCACACUCCAGGUCGCUCUGAGUUAUAUCUAUAGGAAUGAUUCCUCUACAAACUAUCAGUCAGUUAUGAUAAAAGAAUCCUCCAUUUGUACUGUCUCGGGUGAGUCGGAGGAUUGGUUCUCCUAUCCUGUACUAGCGAGUUUUAUCCUCUUCUUCCUCCUUCCCUUGGUUAUCAUCACCAUUCUAUACAUUCUCAUUCUGCGGGGUGUACGUAGAUCAGUAAAAUUUACCCAAAAUCUGCAUCCUACCGAAAGGAUUGAAUCACCAACCUCGGGCGAAGUCACUGUUGCCUUGGAAAAUGUACAAAAGCCAUCCCUUAGGCCUCCCGCUGUCUCACCGCUCAAACGUGGUCGUAGUAUCAUGUUUCGCACGGGACAAGACAAGAGAGCGGCCAGGCAGCAUCAGGAGCUCUGUCAAAUCCAGCAAGUCCAACACCAAGCACGAAUGAGGACAAACAAAUCAUUGAUACGGAUUUUAGUUUGCAUUGUCAUCGCGUUCUUUACUUGCUUUGCACCAUUCCAUGCGGAACGGCUUUUGGUAGUGUUGGUACCGGCGGAGUUGUGGUACAACAAUAAGAUACUCUGGAAAGUUCAUGAUGUGCUCUAUCACAUCUCAGGCAUUUGUCUCUUCGCCAAUUCGGUAUGCAAUCCCAUCCUCUACAACAUCGUCUUUCGACGAAUACGCGCGGAGUUCAAGGCAGCCCUGAUGUGCUGUGGCAAGAAACGAAGGCGACAACCGGAGUUGUACAAUGGUCGAGGCAGAUCCUCACUCUAUCGGCCUUCGACAAUAUCCCAAACACCAAAAACUGCAGAAUUUUAA